AUGGCUGAAUCCACCACCCGGCCACGAGGACGUUCUCCGCCGAAGCCUGCAAACGGGACGGCGACAGAGACAGAGAGAUUCGUCAAUGCCACUACGGGGAUCGUCGCUGAUGACGACUCCAACGAGUACGAAGAAACGAUAUGGUCCUCCUCAGAUAGCGCGUCCAUCGCAUCCAGCGUGUUGAACUAUCAGUACGAGAACGGUCGCCGCAUGCCAAAUGAUGAAUGGGAGCAGGACCGGCUUGAUCUGGCGCACCACGUCGCCUUCCCCAACGCCCGUGUCAUUGGUACCGACCUCAGCGCCAUCCAACCGCGCAAUACCUCGCCAAACGUCGAGUUUGUGACCGAUGAUUUUGAGGAGGAUUGGCUGUAUCCGCCAGACUAUUUUGAUUUCAUCCAUGCGCGGACUAUUUCUGGCUGCGUCCACGACUGGCCUCGCCUCCUGCGGCAAUCAUACACCCACCUCAAACCAGGCGGCUACUUCGAGAUCGUCGAAGUCGCCAUCUGGGCCUGGAGCGACGACGGCAGUCUGAAAGAGGACUCGCCCUACAUCCAAUGGCUGACGCACCUGAACCAGGCGGGCGACAAGACGGGCCGGAAGAUGAACGUCGCGCCGGAGCUGAGGCGGUGGGUCACCGACGCCGGGUUCGAGGACGUCACCGAGAAGGUGUACGUCGUUCCCCUGGGCCCCUGGCCGAAGGAUCCAAGACUGAAAGAGCUGGGCAAGUGGGAGACGGUUGUGGCGCCGGAGUCGGUCGAGGCGUAUGGGCUGCGGCUGUAUACGCAGAUCUUGGGCAGGAGUCCGGAGGAGGCGAGGACUCAGCAGGAGAGGGUCAAGAAGCAGUUCAGAGAGAGGUCGCUGCACGCGUAUACCAAGGUGUACGCGGUCUACGGAAGAAAGCCCCAAGCGAAACCGGCUUGCACAGCGCAGCAGACGACUGCCAAGGAGUGA